AUGGCGGCGGGACACUCUCACCGAAAAUCCAUUGUAGCCGACCAUCCAAUCCGCUCCUCCAAAAACGUGAAAUACCUCACCGACAAGGAAAUCAACGAGUUCAUCGAUGAUCUCGACCACGACAAUGAUGGCUACAUAAACUACCAGGAAGUCGAGCGAAAGCUCGACCAGGAACACGCCGAGCUAGUCCCCAAACCAAGCGCCCACCACGUCAUCCAACGCGACCAUAGCGACGAUGACCGCGCGCGCCAUGCGUUCCUGCGCAGCAUGAUGGGCUCAAACACUGAGAAGAUCCCGCGCGAUGAGUUCGCGAGAAUGGUGCGCGAGUGGAAGAUUCCUUCGCUGGAACAGGCGAAGAAGGAGGAAGAUGAGGAAAAGAGUUACAUCAAGCGACUCCCCGGCUGGAGACGUAUUCGUUCUUACUGGGCUGUACAUGGCCCUGAGAUUGUCUUUCUCGGCUUGGUCGUGGGCAUGCAAUUGGCGUUUGGCAUCUGGCAACUGGUCAAGUAUCAAACAACGCCUGGUUAUCGCGCCGCCUUUGGCUGGGGCGUUGUCAUGGCCAAGACGUGCGCUGGCGCUUUGUAUCCCACCUUCUUCUUCCUCAUCCUCAGCAUGUCGCGAUACUUUUCCACGUGGCUGCGCAGGUCGUACCACAUCUCGCGCUUCUUCAACUGGGAUCUGUCACAAGAGUUUCACAUUCGCAUCUCUUGUGUUGCUCUUCUGCUGGCGACGCUCCAUGCGAUUGGACACUUGACGGGAUCUUUCGUGCAUGGGAGUGACCCCAAGAAUGAAGAUGCCGUUGCAGCAGCCCUUGGACCUGAUAAGGUUCCUCGGCCGUACAUCGACUAUGUCCGUUCUUUACCUGGCUUCACCGGUAUCACCGCCCUAGGUCUUUUCUGGAUACUGUUUCUGCUCAGCAUGCCUCAAGUGCGAAAGUGGAACUACGAGAUCUUCCAGCUUGGCCAUUUACUGAUGUUCCCCAUUAUUGGCCUCAUGAUGGCUCAUGGUACCGCAGCAUUGCUCCAGUGGCCUAUGUUUGGGUACUUCCUUGCCUUCCCGACACUUCUGGUCCUUGUGGAGCGUGUAGUCCGCGUCUCCCUCGGCUUCCACCGUAUCAAGGCCACCAUGAAAGUCCUGGACAAGGAGACCGUUGAAAUUACCGCCGUCAUCCCCAGUGAGCGACUCUGGAAAUACAAGGCUGGGCAGUAUAUCUUUCUUCAGGUUCCCGCCAUUAGCUUCUUCCAAUGGCACCCGUUUACGGUCUCGUUCUGCCGGGGCAACAAGAUGAUGCUGCAUAUCAAAACCGAUGGGAACUGGACGGCCAAGCUUCGAGAGCUCGGUGGUGAAUCUGGCGAGUCUGAGAUCGAAGUUGGAAUCAAUGGUCCGUUUGGUGCGCCCGCUCAACGAUUCUACGACUUCAAUCACUCCAUUAUCAUUGGUGCGGGUAUCGGAGUAACGCCCUUCUCUGGUAUUCUAGCAGAUUUGCAGUACAAUGACGAUCUUGACCACGGUGGACCAAACCAUGAAGUUGACAGCCAACGUCACGACUCUGAGGUAACGGCUAUCGCUCCUAACAACAGUCGAUCGGACUCGAGUAGCAGUGAAGCUGAGGGCAGUGACAAUGUUCCCGAGUCUCCUACUCGCCAGGGUAGCGUUGGACCUGAUCUCAUCAACAAAGAAAAGGCUCCACAUGCCGAUAUGGCUCGAACAUUUGCGGAGGAUUACCGACGCGUCGACUUCCACUGGAUGGUACGUGAGAGAAACUACCUCCUGUGGCUCUCCGAUCUCCUUAACGACGUGUCAAUGAGUCAAGACUGGCAUCGUGACCAUGAAGUGCACCCACAUCUCGACAUCCGCAUCAACACCCACGUGACAGCCAAGCGCAAGAAGCUCACCACGCAUGUAUACCGCUGGCUUCUCGAGAUGCAUCGCACCGAUGAACAUCCAGCCUCUCCUCUUACUGGACUUCUCAACCCCACGAACUUUGGCCGACCCGACUUUGAUCAGAUCCUGGAUGAGCACUAUGAAGAAAUGCUCAAAUUCAGAACCAGCAAGAGGAGUCUGACAAGACACAAAGAGGAUGAAAACUUUGAGGAAGACGAUGAGCUCAAGGUUGGUGUAUUCUAUUGUGGUGCGCCUGUUGUGGGUGAGGUUUUGGCGGACAAGUGUCGUGAGCUUUCAUUAAGGGGAUGGCAGGAUGGAAGUAAGUUGGAGUAUCACUUCAUAAUUGAGGUGUUUGGUUAG